AUGGAUGAGUUGAAGGCUUUCAACAAGAAAGCUCACUUAUGGUUGUCAAAGAUUCCUCCUUUACAUUGGUCAAGGGCUUAUUUUUCAGGGAGGGCUGUGUCUGAUAUAGUGCUUAAUAACAUGUGUGAGGUUUUCAAUGGAAAGAUAGUAGAAGGCAGGGACAAGCCUAUCAUAUCAGCCCUUGAAUACAUAAGGGAGUAUCUAAUGAGGAGAAUAGUAACUGUGUUGAAUGUAAUAGAGAGAAGUGAAGGCUUGCUUACACCCAAGGCAACAGAACUUUUUGAAGGGAUCAAAAGAGAUGCAACCGCUUACCAUGUUCAGUGGAAUGGGGGGGGGGAUUUGUAUCAGGUUAGUGGAAAGCCAAAUCAUGCACGUGUAGUGAAUUUGGCUGCAAGGACAUGUAGUUGCAGAGCCUGGGAAAUAACAGGAAUGCCAUGCAGACAUGCUGUGGCUGCAAUUUGGGAGAAAGCUGCUAAUGGGGGCAGGGUGGGAGCUUUGGAGAGUUGGGUACAUCCGGUUCAUACAAUGGAGAGGUGGAAACAGGUGUACUCUUUUAGGGUGAACCCUAUCAAUGGUAGGACUUUAUGGACAAGGGUAAAUGCUCCAACAACGAUUACACCCCCAAAACAUCACACCCAGGUUGGUAGACCCAAGAAAUUAAGGAAAAGAUCUGCUGUGGAGCUUGAAGAGAUGACCCAAUCAGGAAGGCUGUCCAAAAAGCACACUAAAGGUGCAUGUUCAAAGUGUAAGAAGACUGGACAUAAUUCCAGGACUUGCAAGGGUCAAGGUGAAGCUGCCAAGACUGGCAAAUUAGGGAAGAGUGGCAAUGCAGGGAAGAAAAGGAAGGCAGCAGCAAACUGA